AUGGUGUAGCGGUUAGCACCGAGGACUUUGAAUCCUCUGACCUGGGUUCGAAUCCCAGCAUUCUAAAUAAGGUCUUAAUUAAAUUCAAACCUAGAUCAAAAGAUUCAAAGUCCUAUGUUUUUAUAAUUACAUCAUCCAAAAUUUGUAGUAUUUUAUGGUCGUACUGGGAUUCGAACCCAGGUCAGAGGAUUCAAAGUCCUCGGUGCUAACCGCUACACCAUACAACCGUUGUCGUACUGGGAUUCGAACCCAGGUCAGAGGAUUCAAAGUCCUCGGUGCUAACCGCUACACCAUACAACCGUUGUCGUACUGGGAUUCGAACCCAGGUCAGAGGAUUCAAAGUCCUCGGUGCUAACCGCUACACCAUACAACCGUCUUUAAAAAAACCAAAAAGAAGGUCGUACUGGGAUUCGAACCCAGGUCAGAGGAUUCAAAGUCCUCGGUGCUAACCGCUACACCAUACAACCAACAUAUUUGCUUUGA